UUGUUUCUCCUAAGCGAUCGACUGUUCGCCUCGUCAGUAUGUUUUAAGUCGUCGAACGAAGCGGUCGUGCUUUAAACUUCUCUUUUGGAAAAUUUUUUUGUGUGUUGAAAAAUUGCUAAGGAGAAUACAACAAAAGAGAAUUGAAAGAAAAAAAAUAUAUAACCAGUGCUUUACAUAUAUACAUAGUUUUUAUAUUUUGUUUUUUUUAUAUUUUAUGAAAUUGAAAGUGAUAUAAAAGCAAUUAAGAAAUGUCUACUGCAAUUUUACAUGCUGGAAGUUUUAUUCACGAUUUCAAUGAUAUUGUUUUGAAGAAUCAAAAUUCAAGCGUGAAGUUGAACAACGUCGCAAUCAACAGUUCCAACUACAAAGAGCAGAUACAACGAAAUAAUAAGGAUGAAAUGCAUUUUAUGAAGCAACGAAAUGACGCUUACAUGACGAAGUUCAUAGCUGCACAAAAGCGAAUGCCCUCUGAAGUAAACCAGCACCAACAUCAUAAUACAUUGGCCAGGACCGUUUCAACACCGAUGCCAAUUCCAGAUGCAAAUCAAGCCGUGACGAAUCUCUUUUCAUCGCUUAAUGACAUCCUGAAUGCGGGCACGACCACUGGACAUCGUAAAUUGGAACGUACACAAUCGGAGCCGAUACCUCAGACAAAUACAUCGCGAUAUAAGACGGAAUUAUGUCGUCCAUUCGAGGAAGCUGGUGAAUGCAAAUAUGGUGAUAAAUGUCAAUUCGCUCAUGGCGUCCAUGAAUUGCGAAAUUUACAACGUCAUCCAAAAUAUAAGACGGAAUUGUGUCGCACGUUUCAUAGUGUCGGCUUUUGUCCUUAUGGUGCACGAUGUCAUUUCGUCCACUCAUCGCAAGAAGCAUUGACCCAUAACCGACAAGUUGCCGCUUAUCAUGCACGCUUGCAACAACAACAACAGAGCCGUAUGAAGACGAUGAGCAUUUCAACUGGAUCGGAUCGGGAAACAUCGUCUGUUGGUUCGAUCUCCCCGACAAUGACGCACGCUCAAAAUCAGGGCGGAAGCUUCUUUGUGGAUCAAUCCAGUCCAACGAAUUUGUUCUCAUACACAUUCAGUCCAUCAAACAGUCCAAUUCUCGACAUGGCGCCCAUUUCACCACCACCGCCACCAGCUCAAUUUGUUAAGCCUCAACCGUUUAUUGAUCAUCAUCAUCAGCAACAGCAGCAGCAGCAAAAACAUGCAAAAGUGAUGAAGCAAAUGUCGAUUCCGGAGGAACGUUUGCCGGUGUUCAAUCAGAUCAGUUCUGUCGUUGAUUCGAUGAAUACACUGACAAUCUAGAAUGUUCUUUUCCUUAUCAACAAAACAAUUAAUGUUCUUCCAACAUUUAAUGAUCGUCUUCCAAGAAAUCAAAGAGAGAAAAAAAAAACAAAACAAGAAAAAAGCUUAAAGAACUUCCACUUUAAGAAAUGAUGAAAUUUUGCGAAAGAAAUUUAAAAACAAAAAGAAAAAAAAUAUCAAAAAUUGUUUCUCAAAUCUCAUUGCGAAAAGAAAGAAAGAAAGAAAUAAUUUUUUAUUCAACCAGACACCCCCCGGAAGUUGCGCAAUUCGAAAGCUUUCAUUCGCUUAAACCACCAACCAGAGAACUAAAAAACAAAAUCGCAACACCAUUUUAAUUUUUUUAUUAUUUAUCAGAGAAAACAACAUAAAAAAAUGAAAAAAUAAUUUGAAGCAACACAAAAAUAAGAGCGGCACUUGUGCCAGUAAAUUAUGAAAUAUAUUUAUUUUCUCGUCUCAUAUUCGACUAAAAUUAUUUAUUAUUACUUACCUUCCUUCUUUGAGAAAAAAUGGGAAAGACAAAAAGAACUUUUGAGGUGUUUUCAUGUACGACGAUCAUCAUGAUUUCUUUUCCAUUUCCAGAAUUCAACAACAAUUGAUCGUGUGGGUGGUGAGAAGUUUGCGUUCGACUUUCUAGAAAGUUGUCUCGUGCUUCAACAACUUCCCAACGAUAACUUUUUUUAUAUAAAAGAAAUGGAAAACAUCACGAUUCGUCGUCAUUAAAGUCGCCUUUUUUAAAAAAAAACAUUGGAAAUAUUAAAUUUUAAAUCAUGUAACUUAAUUAUUUGAAAACACAACAAACACAAACAUACAUACAAAAAAAGCAUUAAUAUUUAUCGAACUUCUAUUCCCGCUCAGAUUUCGGAAAAUUAAUUUAUGAUUAAAGAGUUUUGAUACUCGAUUUAACUUCUCCUUCUGCCUUUCCUAGAUUUAAGAUUUUUUUACAAUGAAAUUUUUUCAAAUCAAUAUCGCUUAGUAGUUAAGAUUAUUUAAUUAAAUAUUUAGUUUUUCUUUUCUUGCUUUAACCGAAUGAAAGAUUAAGACAUGAAUUUGAUAAUCAUACAAAACAUGGAUUGCACAAGUGCUUUGUCGAUAUAUAUGAAUAUCGUAUUUAUAACAGAAGAAAAUAUAUGAAAGAUUUAUAAAUUGAUGUUAAUUAACAGUUUACAGUAAUCAUACAAAAUGAUUGAGUCAUAAGAUUGAACCAAAAAACCAGAAAAAAACUACAUAUGAUGAGAUAUGAAAUUUAAAGCCUUAAAUAAUUCACUUGUUUUUUUCCCCUUAUCAACACGACAAACAAAAUCAAAAUGAAGAAAAAAGAAGUUUCGAAAGCAAAGAAAAAAAUACAUUAAAUUUAUGUCUUCCCCAGUUAUUUAAUUGCAAUCAACAUGGCGAUGAUAAAGAGUAGAUUUUUAUUCGUUUCUAAUCUCUGCGAGUCCUAAAAAGAACGAAAGAUAAGAAAUGAUUAAAUUUUGAUAUUUUUUUCAUCGCCCCGUGUGUUGUUUUAGAAAAACAAAACAGAAAAAAAGACUUUGCUGUUGUUCAAAAGAACAGUGCCUUAAGAUUGCGAAUUAUUAUCAAAUUGAUUUUUGUCGAGCUUCUUAUUAUUAUUAUUAUUUCUCCUAAAUUUUUGCUUCCUCUAUAUUAUAAGUGCAAAGAAAUGUGUUUUCAUGAUUAUAAGAAACCUAAUCAACAUCUCUUAAAAGAAAGAAUUUUGUAUUCAGAUAAAUGAAGUCAUUUUGCGAAAGAAAUUAACGAAUAACAUAAUUUAAAUAAAGCAUAUCGCUGAUAAGAAAUAAAAGACUCAAUCUCGACUUCCAUCUACCCCCAAUUUAGUAAUUGGGGGAGAAGGCAUAAUAACAAAUCCUUUUCGUGAUACUUGCAAGAUUAAAAGACGUUUAAUUAAAAUGAAAAAGAAGAAUAAUUCGAUAGAAUGAAUUUUAAGUUUUCUUUUUUUUUUCCUUAUCAUUGAUUUAAGUCAUAGUCAGCUCUUCCAAGCGAUUUAAUUCGGUUUUUCCUUUAUGUGCUUCAUUAUGCUUAAUGCUUUUUGACGUGAAGGAAAAACCUUACGCAAAAGCAAUUUUUUUGGUCUUUAUUUAUUAUGACGUAGACGUGUAAGGAAAAUAGAGAAAGAAAUUGUUUGAUGAUAAAAAAAGAAAUGCAAUCAAUGGAAUUUUAUGAAUGUUGAUAAGAUAUGAUGAUAUAAAUAUUCAGUUGCCAUAGUGGUGAUGUGACACAUGAUGAAUGAUGGAUUGCUUUUCAAUAAUAAUAAUAAUAAUAAUAAAAUAUAAUUUGACAUAAAUCUCUCAAUCUAAAUGCCAAAGUAACGUUCGAGAGGUGAGAAGAAGUUGACACAAGUGUGAAUAUAAAGGGAAACAAAGGUUAAUUCACAAAUUCAUUGAUACACGAUCAUCAUUUCUUUUGGAUAUCAAUUAAACAAUAUUUUUUAGUUUCAUAAGUUUUCUCCUUUUUAUUAUUCGUAUUUAAUUUAAUUUAACUUAAUUAUGCUAUUUAAAAUUUAACAAAAAAAAUACCAGACAUUUAUUCCUUGCUUUGAGAUAAGAACAUAAGAAGCAUUUAUUCAUUCAAUUCGAAGCUACAACAUUUCCUUCUUGCAAUUCAAUAAUAUAAAGCAAUAAACAUCUAAAUAAAUUUUUUCAUGCCUUAAAUUUACAUUUUAGUCUUCCUAAAGAUAGAGUUUUGCUUAUCUAUUAGCACAAAAAUUGAUUCACUGGUUUUUUCUGCAUUUUAUUUCUUUUGUGCAUCUUCAAUAAAUAAAUAAAAAAAGGUUCUUUUAUUCAAAUUUAUAAAAUGUUAUCGUCUACACAGUUUUGUAUGCAAAAAAAGAGAAAUAUUUCGAGAAAAUACAAAUUUUUUGUACUUUUGUAAAAA